GUUUGACAGUCAGCUAAUGUGUCAAAAGGAACAAAACAACACAUGCUACCAAACUGAAUCAAAAAAAAGGAUAUAUAAUGGACGAUGAAAUUGUUGAUUUCAUAAUCAGUGGAGGAAUCACACUGAACGAAACAUUAUGAAUUCUCUGUUAGCACUGCUUGUGGCCACCGUUGCCGUAAUAGGCGCAGACGCGUGUCACUGCACAAAGGAAUGGGACCCUGUAUGCGGCCGUGAUGGUAUAACGUAUGGAAACAUGUGCGAAUUGAGAUGCGCCGGCGUUCGUCGUCAAUCCCGCGGGGAAUGCCCGUGCGUGUGCGGCGCAAAUUUCGACCCUGUAUGUGGCGAAGAUGCCGUCACGUAUGGCAACGAGUGCAUUAUGAACUGCAUGCGAGUUAACCUUAAAUCGCGGGGAGAAUGCCCAAAGACAGACUGUCGGUGUCCGAAAAUUAUGGCCCCUGUAUGCGGUAAAGAUGGCUUGACGUACGACAACGCAUGUCUUAUGAGAUGCAACGGCGUUCGACGUCAUUCCCGCGGGGAAUGCCCAGAGGAAGGUUGCCCGUGCCCAGCGAAUAUUGACCCUGUCUGCGGCGAAGAUGGCACCACUUACGACAACGAGUGCCUUAUGAGAUGCAAGGGAGUCAGCCUACAAUCGCGAGGAGAGUGCCCGUGCGCAUGCCCCCUUAACAUUGACUAUGUCUGCGGCGAUGAUGGCGUCACGUACGAUAACGAGUGUCUCAUGACAUGCAAGGGAGUUCACCUACAAUCACGUGGCGAAUGCCCGAAGGUGUGCGCUUGUAACCUGAAUCUUGAUCCUGUAUGCGGCAACGAUGGCGUUACGUACGAUAACCAGUGUGUCAUGGAAUGCGCGGGAGUCAGCCAAAGAUCACGUGGGCAAUGUCCCAAGACAGAUUGCCGAUGUACCAAGAUAAUGGACCCCAUAUGCGGCAGUGACGGUUUGAUUUACGACAACCCAUGUCUAAUGAGAUGCAACGGUGCACGAAGAUCCCACCUCUGUCUCAACCUCUCGUGAUGUUCUGAUGUUGCAGAAAUUCCUCGAGUACACUAUGAUCCUGAAUCCUAAUAAAC